AUGCGUUACAUUACCCUCAGCGCAGCCUCCAUCCUGGCCAUGGCGUCCAGCGUCUACGCCGACCCCUACGGCGUCGCGCAAGUCAGCGUGGCAACGCACAACGGGUGCGGCACGGGCCACUACCCGGCCAACAAGGCCGCAAAGGACACGAGCAGCAUGUCCGCCGCGACCAAGGACACGUGCACCUUGAUCAAGGUCAAGGACAAGAUUGGCAUCACGUCCUACUCCGUGGGCGCCGAGCUGAUCACCAAGGGCAACUGCUACGGCGUUGGCGUCUACACCAACGAGGAGUGUCUCGGGGCGGCGGAGUCCGUCGCCUUCUUUGACUCUCAUUCCCACAAGGCUCAGAGCGUCUGCUUCCCUAAGAGGGUGUUCGGGAAGCACGUUGCUGUCAAGUUGCUGUGUGAUGAGCGGAAGCCGGAUGUUAUUGUGCAUGCUCCUAAGGAGAACGAGAAUGAAGGUGUGAAGCAUGCCCCUAAGGAGCGGACGGCUGAGGCGCCUGUUGAGGAGGAGAAGCCCGCUGAGAAGCCUACCGAGAAGGCUGAGGAGAAGAAGCCUGCCGAGGAGGAGAAGCCCGCUGAGAAGCCUACCGAAAAGGCUGAGGAGAAGAAGCCUGCCGAGGAGGAGAAGCCCGCUGAGAAGGCUGAGGAGAAGAAGCCUGCCGAGGAGGAGAAGCCCGCCGAGAAGGGAGAGGAGGGCAAGAAGGACGAAGAUAGCAAGAAGAAGCCCCUCGACGGCAUGGUUCAGUUCCUGCGCAAGCUCGGCCUGUAA